AUGGAAGAACAGCCAAACCCAGAUCAAGAAUUGCUAUACUCAGAAGCUGCAAUGAAAAUAAGCGAAGAUUUUUAUACUCAGUUGAAACUCGGUAAUGAUUCUGAAGGUGAAGAAGAUGAAGAGGAGGAAGAGGAAUUUUCUUUUGUAUGUGAAGUGGAAAAUGAUUCUCAAAUAACAGCAGAAGAUGCAUUUGUUAAUGGUCAGAUUAAGCCGGUUUUUCCAUUAUUCAACCGGGAUUUGUUUUUUUCGCACGAGGAUGAAAAGCUUUUGCGCGAAAAUUUGCCGCCGAUAAAGAAGGUUUUUGUUGAAAGAAAUGAUGGGGUAGCGUCAGCUUCGUCGGAGAAUGAAGACAUUGCCGGACCUUACUGUGAGUUGACGACGAGGAAGGUGGUGGAAGCGUCGCCGGAGGUGUGCAAGAAGAGCAACUCAACUGGAUUUUCUAAGAUUUGGCGGCUCAAAGAAUUUACAGCGAGAUGUAAUAGUGAUGGAAGAGACGCCUUUGUUUUCUUGAAUAAUAGUCAAACGUCGCCGUCCACAGCGGAGCCGGCAGCGGCUAGUGGUGGUGAGAGAAAAGAGCCAACGAAGAAGGUCAACGGGAAUGGGAAGGCAAAGAAGAGUAAAACGACUCCGUUGUCGGCUCACGAGGUGUAUUUGAAAAAUAAGGCGAAGAUGAAUGAUAGGCAAAAAUCUUAUUUACCUUAUAGGAGGGAGUUAAUGGGAAUUUUCACAAAUGUUAAUGGUGGAUUAACCCGAAGUGUAAAUCCCUUCUGA